AUGGCCCGGAGGGUGCUGGGCGGAGGCCGCGUCCUCGGGAGUGGGAAGAACCUCUCGCCAGCUACAGCUUCCUCGACUCCAUCUCCGCAGCCCAAAGGGCGCCUCUCGCCAUCUCCGAGCAGCGUAUCCCUAGACUCGCAAGCGUCUGCAUCGCCAUACUCCCCCGACAUUCAAGAUCUGACAUCCCGUAUUUCUCUCGACAAUGGCGAGACGUCCAUAUCAGCGGCGCCUGCCGCAACUGGUGCGCAAUUGGCAUGUCCAAUUUGCAAUGAAGAGAUGGUAACACUGCUUCAAUUGAAUAGACAUCUUGACGAUGCACAUCAGAACCUGGAAGAAGUCAAACAGGACGAAGUGAAGGACUGGUUUAAAGCACAAAUGGAUAAAGCAAAACGAUUUCAACCCCUAGCUGUACUCAAUCAGAAGCUCAAAGGACUAGACGUCUUCGAGUCGAACGAAAAUGCGCAGCCCCCUUCCAUCGCGAUUGCUCGGCAGGCUCCUGGUCCUGUUCCCGUCGAAGCCAAACUCCCGGACCCGGACGAAGUCAUAACACGUGAACACUGGCAGCCAAGAGGGCCAUAUGAUAUCUGUUGUGAGCCGAGUUGCGGGAAAAGGCUUACAUCUACAAAUGGAAGCGUCAACUGCAGGAAGUGUGGUGAGCUUUAUUGUGAGGAGCAUACAAUGUACCAAAUGAAGCUAUCUCGGUCGGCACAACAUGAGCCAGUCAGAGGUCUCUGGUGUCGUGUGUGUGAAACGUGCUACAAGUCUAGAGAAGGCUAUAAUGACCACACUGGAUUGAUUCGAGACCACACAGAGGAGUUCGCCAAACUUAGGAAACCCACGAUCGACAAGGCAUUCCUAGAGGUAUCUAGACUCGAGAAGAGGUUGGCUCGGUUAACGCAGGCUCUCGCCAACCUGCCGGCGGAUCAGAUUCAGUCCGGCGCAAGUAAGCGAUGGCCUCUUGGUCGACAAAGCGACCAGCGUCGCGAGAUUGAACAAUCUAUCGUUAGCUGGCAGGAUGAUGCCAGCGUUCCACAGUGCCCCUUUUGCCAGCAAGAAUUCACUAACUAUACGUUUCGUCGACAUCAUUGUAGGACUUGUGGGCGAGUUGUGUGUGCAGAUCAAUCAACUGCCUGCUCGGUUGAAGUUGGUCUGGCAGUAGCAUCCAAACGACAGACCCCCAGCGAGAAAUCACUGCCUUGUAAGAUCAACGUUGAUAUUAGACUAUGCAAAGAGUGUAGAUCAACUCUUUUCAGUCGUCGCGACUUUGAUGAAGAGAGGUUGCAGAAGCCACCCAUAGCUCGCUCGUAUGAUAACCUCGUACAGUUUGAAAGAGGAAUCAGGUUGUUGCAGCCACGAUUUCAAAAGCUCUUGACGGCCCUACAGGACCCGCAUAACCCGCCAACACCGGCCCAACUUGCAGAGGCUUCAAAAGUUAGAAAAAGACUUAUAGAUUCGUUCGCGCAGUAUGACACAGCUGCCCGUCGAAUCCGUGAUCUGCCAACCGAUUCGCCUAAUCAACAAAAAUUACAGAGAGCUAUAUAUCAACAGGCCAGCAACUUCCUCCAUUUGCAUAUGCUGCCACUCAAGAGUCUACCAAAGAUUCUCAAACAUGCUACACCAGGCGGCCGUCCAUUGCCAAACGGUCACAGUCGAAACAUCCUCCAUGGUGAUACAUCACCACCCGCCAAGCCAUUCACCCCCGCUCUAGCAUCAAUCAAAUAUGGGAAUAACGCACCCAAUGGAAGCAGUCAAAGCAUCAACAGUGAUAACAGCAGCGCCAUCUCAGCGCUCGAAGACGAAGAAAAAUCCCUCAGAGAUCGAUUAAUCGUGCUCGAAGAACAGAAAUUCUUCGUUUCGGAAAUGAUUGCUGAUGCUAAUCGACGCCGCAAAUUCGAUGAAGUGAGCGCCUUAGCUCUGAAUGUUGAGGAUCUCAGUAAGGAGAUUGAUCGGAUUAAUGGGAUUUUGAAUAACAUGGAUUUUGAGAGUCUGUAUACUGGGAAUGCGCAGAUUUGA